GUUGCAGGCAAGACGCACAUUUUUAGCUCGGACCUGUUUUCAUUUUCAAUGCAAACUAACGUCGUAUCAGAACUUGUUGAUCGUCUUUAGAGAUUUACAAACAGUCUUGGUUAUAGUUAGUGUUAGUUUCCAUUUCGUCUUUUGUGUCCAUGUAACAUGCGCGUAAAGAAGUAAAAGUAUUCGUUCGGCGCACACUGAAAAGUCAGUGGAUUUGAUUUUAAGUCACUAAAUAGUUUACGGUGAUACUUUAGUGUCACCCAUUUGCUCUGUGGGCAGCUAUGUACAGCAUGCUGGAACACGACAUGAAGGCUUCGGUGCCACCGACGCACCAGAGCGCGCAAGGAAUGACCCAGCUGCACGGUGGAGUAACUCACGGCGUGACGCACGGAGCCACCAAACCGGCUGUCAACAACCAGCAACAGAGUAGCGAUCCUAUGGACAAAGUUAAGAGGCCUAUGAACGCCUUUAUGGUCUGGUCUCGGGGUCAGAGGCGCAAGAUGGCGCAGGAGAACCCCAAAAUGCACAACUCGGAGAUCAGUAAGCGUCUGGGCGCGGAGUGGAAGCUGUUGACUGACGCGGAAAAACGGCCGUUUAUUGACGAGGCCAAGAGACUUCGUGCCCUGCACAUGAAGGAGUACCCUGAUUACAAAUACAAGCCCCGUCGUAAGACGAAACCGGUGCUGAAGAAGGACAACCCGGCUGCCAAGUAUCCUCUAUCAGCCGGCAACUUGCUGGCGGCAGCCGCUGCUCAAGGCUCGGGGGGAAGCCCGAGGAUGGACAGCUACGGCUGGGGUCACGCAGGUGGCUAUGCUGGCAUGCAGACUGAUGCUCUGGGCUACAGUCAGCAGCUGCACCGCUAUGAUCUGUCUACCUUGCAGUAUCCAUCUGCCAUGGCCACGGCGCAAACUUAUAUGAAUGGCGCAAACUCCUACAACCCUAUGACCUACAGCAGCACUCCACAGCAGUCCAGCCCAGUCAUGUCCAUGGUAAAACCAGACCAAGUUUCCCACUCUCCCACUGGUGCCCACAGCCACCCGCGAGGUCCUUUACAAGGAGACCUGAGAGACAUGAUUAGCAUGUAUAUCCCUGGUGGAGACACCUCAGACAGUGGAGCACAGAGAGGCUACUCUAACAUCCAACAGCAUUACCUCACUGGUACAGCACCUCUCACUCACAUCUGAUAAGGAAAGUGUCAUCACCUUCCUGUAUCAAGUCUGGAGGCUUGUAGUGGGCCACUGCUGUGGGCUAACAUGACUUGAAGUGCCGAUGUAGAUGCAUGAACUUGAUAUGUAAAAAGGAUGAGGGUGUGUGGUCACAUUGCUAAACUGGAAAACCCAAGGCAGCUGGACUUUUGGCCUUGUUGAAGUGCCUCAGAAUAUUGUGUGGAAUGUGCGUCACUCUUAUGUCAUCGUAUAUUUUUCUACUGUCCUUGUCAUUGUUUUCUGCAUAAUUGUAGAUAAUUAUGUCACAGUGACCACAUGCCUGGUGCACUGGUCUUGGAAUUGCUUAUAGUUGAGUGUAACAUGGCACACUUUUUUCUGUAAUUGAUUGGUCUGUGGGUUUAAGCUAACCAGCUGACUGGUUGAUUAAUUCUUAUUUGCAUAGUCAAGACCUUUUUCCAGCUAGUUUAAUAUCUCACUGAUUACUGACUUCAAAUGCAUCACUGAAAACACUAAAUAAUGAAAGAAGGGAACAAACCAAGCACAUAUUCCCUGAGUCGCUGCUUGUCCUGAUUAUCAAAACAUCUAAAAAAAUAAUUAUUAUAAUUAAUAAUUAAAAUAAUUAAUAAUAAUUAUCUCCCAAGUUUGACUUUUUAGCUUUCACAAAGAUUGUGCUGCUCUUCAUUGCUUAGGUAAUGAAAAAAUAUAAAAUGCACAAUGGUUUAGACAUUUUUGUUUGAUUUCCAACGUUAGUAUAGAUACAUUUAUGCCCUGAGCAUAAACACAUUUUUGUUGCAUUAAAGUGAACAUGAACAUAGAGAUCCUGCUUAGAGGGAUUUGACUGUAUUUUCUAUUAAAAAGAACAAUUAAUUCUCAACUCCUUUGAGAAAUAGAACAUUGUGAAUAAAACGGUUGUGUAAAAAGAGGGAAAGUCAAAACGUUUUGAAUAAUGUUCAUGAGAGAGAGAGAAAAAAAAAACUUUAUGAGCUUGUUAUAAGACUGUUUGACUAAGAAUGUAUUGUUGUUAAAUGUUUCUUUUUUACUUUAAAGCCCUUACAGUAAGGGUUAAUAAUCUUGUAUGGGACUUGACAACCUUGAUAGAAAAAAAAAAUUAAUAAAGUAUUUUAUUAUUUUUGUA